AUGGGCCGGCCGCACUGCCUCCUUGUCGCAGCGCUCGUUCUUAUCCUCGCCACGCUCCCAGAUUCAGCUUCAGGCAAUCUCCAGCAACCCAACUUUCUAAUGCGCUUCGUGUCCGCAUGGCGUCAAUGGCACGGCGCGGUAGCUUCCCGCUCGUCCACGUCAACACUGCUGCAGCACCGGCGCUACCUCAGCGCCGAUCCUGCGGGGGCUGCUGACGUGGCGCGCGUGCUGCGCCGACGUGGCGGGUGGUGGCACGACGCGGACGGCCAGGCGUACGUUUCAACUUCUGGAGACGAGGCGAUACAGGAGGUGACUGAUGACGUGGCAGAAGGCAUCGUUUCGCGGAGACGGAGAAAGCUGGCGGCAGGGGAUGCGGUGGGCCCGUGCACUCCGCUCGCUGACGCCAUACUCAUUACAUGUCCUUUUCGGGGUAUGGGCCUGCUCUCCUCAGGUCGUGGGUCGCCAUUACAAACAACGAAGUGUACGGUGUGGAUCAACCAAUCACACUUCUAA